GAGUGGUUUGAGCAGAAAGUAGCCUCCAUGCUGGACUAAUGAAAUAGCCCUGCCAUGAUUUCAUUGCAGGGCUGUGACCGUCUACGACGAGCCGGCAUCUUUCUUUAAAGAGGCACCUCUGGACCUGCAGCACUGGCUCUUCAUGAAGCUGGGCAGCACACACUCUCCAGUCAGGGCCCGCUCAGAACCUGAGGACCCAGCCAUGGAGCAGUCGGCCUUCAUGGAGCGGGAUGCUGGGAGUGGGCUGGUGACACGUCUCCAUGAGUGGCCAGCCCUGCUGGUCAGCAGCACAAGCUGGACAGAGUUUGAACAACUGACUCUUGAUGGACAUAAUCUUCUUUCUCUCGUCUGUGUGAUAACAGGGUCGGGGGACCUGGGUGUCUGUCUGGACACGUCCUCCAGGGGGCUGGAGCUGCCCGUGAAGGUGGUGGACAUGUUCAGGUGCUGUUUGCCUGCGUGUGCCGUGAACUUCAAGUGUUUACAUGAGCUGGUGAAACAUGAAGAAAAUGGCCUGGUCUUUGAGGACUCAGAGGAAAUGGCAGCUCAGCUGCAGAUGCUUUUCUCAAACUUUCCUGAUCCUGCAGGAAAGCUAAACCAGUUCCGAGAGAACCUGCGGGAGUCGCAGCAGCUCUGAUAGGAUGAGAGCUGGGUGCAGACUGUGCUGCCUUUUGUUAUGGACACAUAACUCCUGGGCCAGAGGCUAAAACCCCAGGACUCCUGCUGUCCUUCCCGCAGCUUCUUCUCAGAGUCUCAGGGCAAACCUUUCGAGCAGCGCCACCCAGUGGCCAGAACCUGAAAUGACGGCAGUGGUGCCGCCUGGUGAAUGAAUUGGUUCUGUGACCCAGGAAGCUGUGGUUGGCCCUGAUUUCUUCUUUGGAGGCUCAGAAACGCUUCCUGUCUUUUUCUGUUCUUCACGCUCCAUGGCCCUGCUAGCACAUUACUGUUCUGUGACUGCCCUGUGACCUCUGCAGUGCUCCUCAUCCUGCAUUUGGUCUCCAGGUGUCAUCUUUCUGCCAUGUUCCUAACACUUUGAUUCCUGCCUUGAAAAAAGCACCUGCUGCACCAUAAGCCCAGGGAUGUGGCAGCUGCAGCGGGCUUGGCCUUGUGAGGAACCGAGUGUGUCCACGUUGGGGGAACAUCAUACUUGAUACACACGUUUUUAUUUGCACAAAGAAAAUGCUAUUUUUGGAGCCAGAAUUUUCAUGUCUGAUUUAUGGUGAUUUUCUUCAGAACCAGAACUGCUGGCAGAAAGGGGGCACCCACACGCUUAGAUAGCCGAUGUCUUAUUAGAGGGCAGUUUGUGGUUCCUGAUUUGGAAUUUAACAUUCUUUCAACAUUCCAGUCCAAUGAAAGUUUUAUCCACUUUCCCAUAUAAAAAUUCUUCCCA